AUGAUGGAGGGGCGGAGGUCUUGGGAUGGAGUGCCUCUGGGUGAGUCGCACUCUCCUCCACAGUCGGUGCCGGGUAGACGGACGCCGCUAGGGGCCGUCGGCCUCGGCGGCUUCUAUAUGCAAGGAGGCCAGCCUCCGCCUCCGCAGCACUGCUAUCCGACUGAUGAAAACCAACCAGAACCCGGCACCAGCUACGCUCAAAGACCCCUCGGCGAUGGUAAAUCCAAACAGAAAAUGCGUCAAGGCAAAAAUGUGAGAUUGAACAUCAAUGCAAGAGAAAGAAGAAGGAUGCACGAUUUGAAUGACGCUUUGGAUGAACUGCGAGGAGUGAUACCAUACGCACACUCGCCGUCCGUGAGAAAGUUGUCCAAAAUAGCUACCCUCCUGCUAGCCAAGAAUUAUAUUCUGAUGCAGGCGAGCGCGCUGGAGGAAUUGCGACGACUAGUUGCGUAUCUCCAAGGUACAGCUACAGCGGCUGGAAUCGUUCCACCACCAGGUUUCGAUCUCGCUGGUAUGCCAGCAACCGCCAAGCUUCUUCAGGGACCUCAACCUGGACCACCAACAGCUCCCGACCCCCCAUCUUGA